AUGGAUCAUUUAAGUUCAAGUGAAUCACUUAUUGAAGAUCUUCUAGAAGAUUACUGGUUCUUUGACAACUUAUUUACCAGGAGAUCGAGGGUCUUAAGGUAUUGUCACUCAGAUCCUUACCCUUCUUCUUCUUCUUUGACAUCUCCUGAAAAAAUGGGAGGUUCGGAUGAAAGGAAGUCUUUACAAGUCUCAACAAGGCGAUGUUUGAUCAGGGCAGCUUCUAUAGAUGAAAAAAAAGGCGAGACAAAGCAGUUCUCUGAAAAGAUUAGGGUUCAAGAACCGAUACCAGAUGGAUCUUUCUUGCGUAAAAAGGAACCUAUGGUUCUUUCCAAAUCCGGAUCUCAUUCAGCUCCAGGGAAGAUUCAAGAAGCUUCCACAGAGCACAGUUUGAUCCGAGCACCUUCUUUGCCGCCUCGGAUAGAAAAAAGAAAAGUGGAUCAGGAGGCAAAGAAGAUGAUUAGUAAGCUGACACGGCAGUUCUCUGAGAAGAUUAAGGUUCUAGAACCGACUACUAUGGGUGACAAAUUCUUGCAGAAGAAGAAAGGGAAUAGUGAAAGAAACAGAAGAGAAGGUGGUAGUAGUAGCAGUGUCAAAAAUAGUUUGCAAAGAACCCAAACGAUGCCAAAUAACAUGAGAAGAGAAGAUGAUGGAUGUGAAGAUCAAGAAACCGACUCAAGAAUGGGAUUCUUGAUCCGUGAAGCCCUCGCUAGCUCUCAAAAUGUUCCAAAGGUUUCAAGCAAUCAAAGGCAGAGACCACCUAGACAUUUGAGAUCAGAAGAAACAGUAAUGGUCAAACAAGGAAGCUCAAGUCCCAAAACGCUGCGUAAAACGGUAAGCAGCAUAGAAACAACCAAAGAGAUUCAAACGCUGAAAGGUUAUGAUGACAAGCUGGUCGAGCCACAUGGAUUAGCUACACCACCUAGAGUUCCAAAGGAUUCAAGGAAAGAAAUGAAGGAUCAGAUCAAGUUUUGGGCUCGAGCAGUAGCUAGUAAUGUCAGACAAGAGUGCUAAAAAUUGUUUUAAUUACACUUAUUAACUGUGUUUGUUGUAUGACAAUAUUCUGUACAUAUGAUUCUUAUCUUCCAACGCUUCUGUGAACUUUUUUCUUUCUGAACCUCCUGAAAUAAUGAGAUUCCUCUGUUUAUGUGAUGAUU